UUUUGUGAUCAGUGGAGUUUUUGUCAGCUCUAAAAGUGGAAUUUGGGCUGAUUGAAAGCUUUAAGCUUUUUGAAAAAGUAAAUGUAUGACUCCAAUUCCCUUUUCAGAUCAUGCUUUUCAGGUUACCUAGAGAUAGUGUUUUAGUCUGUUACUGUGCAGUCGACCUGUGCUUUAUAUGCUUAUCUUAGAGAUUUUACUUUUUUCCCUGAUUUUAGUGUUUAUGCUUGUAGUGUUGUAUUUGAGAAAAGUGUGAAGAGACAAGGCACCUGAGAUUUAACUUUUCAAGAGCCUUGUCAUUUUAAUGUUGUAUCUCAGAUUAGUAGCCUGAGCUUUUGUUGUAAUGCACAGUAUACAAUACGUGUUUUCUCAUAAAAAUAUGCCUUAAGAUAUUUUUUUAACAAACUGGAUGAAAGUUGAUAUUUGAACACUGUUUUGUGAAGAAAUGUAUGUCCGGAGAAGAAAAGCUGCCUAAUGGAUCAUGGCUCUGAUGUUCAUGGGGCAUACUCUGUUUCUAGCAUUAAUGGUGUUUGAUGUCUUCACUUUUGAAGAAUCUGUAAGCAAUUACUCUGAUUGGGUGACUUUUAUAGAAAAUGUAGAUCAAUAUGAAAAACAGCAACUUGAAGGCCUUAGUGCUGAGCAGCAACUGAAAAGAACAGUUCUUCAUCCAAGCUUGUAUUUCGACGCUCGAGAUGUUCAGGCACUGAGGCAGAAGGCUCGUACAAGCCAUUUGCAUCUCUUCAGAGCCAUCAGAAGUGCCGUGAUGGUUAUGCUGUCCAACCCUUUAUACUACCUACCUCCACCCAAGCACAUUGAUUUUGCAGCCAAGUGGAAUGAGAUUUAUGGUAAUAACCUGCCACCUCUAGCAUUCUACUGUUUGCUGUGCCCCGAGGAUAAAGCUGCAUUUGAUUUUGCCCUGGAAUAUAUGGAUAGAAUGGCUGGUUACAAAAACUGGUUGGUUGAGAAUGCACCUGGAGAUGAAGUGCCACUUGGUCACUCUCUAACAGGAUUUGCCACUGCUUUUGACUUCUUGUAUAAUUCACUGGAAAAUGAGAGAAGGCAGAAAUACCUGGAGAAGAUACGGUCUGUAAGUGAGGAAAUGUAUGAGUACUCCAAGGUUCGUUCCUGGGGAAAGCAGCUUCUCCAUAAUCACCAAGCAACCAAUAUGCUUGCUUUGCUUAUUGGGGCUUUAGUUGCCGGAGUGGACAAAGGAUCUCAGGCAAAUAUUUGGAAACACACUGUUGUUGAUGUGAUGGAGAAAACAAUGUUUCUCCUCAAUCAUAUUGUAGAUGGGUCUCUGGAUGAGGGAGUAGCUUAUGGGAGUUACACUGCCAAGUCGGUCACCCAGUAUGUUUUCCUGGCCCAGCGCCACUUUGGUAUUAACAACUUGGAGAAUAACUGGCUGAAAAUGCACUUUUGGUUUUACUAUGCCACCCUAUUGCCAGGCUUCCAGAGGACUGUGGGUGUUGCAGAUUCUAAUUACAACUGGUUUUAUGGUCCUGAGAGUCAACUGGUUUUCUUGGAUAAGUUCAUAAUGAAGAAUGGAGCUGGUAACUGGCUGGCACAGCAAAUCAGAAAACACAGACCCAAGGAUGGGCCAAUGGUGCCAUCCACUGCACAGAGGUGGAGCACGUUGCAUACUGAAUUUAUAUGGUAUGCUGCUGAAAUCACUCCUCAGCCACCUCCUGACUAUGGUACUGCUAAAAUGCAUGUGUUUCCUAACUGGGGAGUUGUUACUUAUGGGGCUGGAUUACCAAACAGUCAGACAAACACCUUUGUGUCCUUCAAGUCCGGGAAACUGGGUGGACGUGCUGUCUAUGAUAUUGUUCACUUUCAACCCUAUAGAUGGAUUGAUGGGUGGAGAAGUUUCAAUCCGGGGCAUGAACAUCCUGAUCAGAACUCCUUCACUUUUGCUCCCAAUGGACAGGUGUUUGUAUCUGAGGCUCUUUACGGACCUAAACUCAGCCACCUGAACAAUGUCUUGGUGUUUGCUCCAUCUCCUACAAGCCAGUGCAACCAGCCUUGGGAAGGACAGCUUGGUGAGUGCACCCAGUGGCUGAAGUGGAUUGGUGAUGAGGUUGGAGACUCAACUGGAGAAAUUAUAACAGCCUCUCAAGCUGGUGACAUGAUGUUUGUGAGUGGUGAGGCAGUGUCGGCUUACACAUCAGCAAUGAAACUGAAAAGUGUGUAUCGCGUUUUGCUGCUCUUAAAUUCUCAGACAUUGUUAGUAGUUGACCAUAUCGAGAAGGAGGAAGAUUCUCCUGUUAAUUCAGUCAGUGCCUUUUUUCAUAAUCUUGACAUUGAUUUUAAAUACAUACCCUAUAAGUUUAAGAACAAGUACAAUGGAGCUAUGAUGGAUGUGUGGGAUGCCCACUACAAGAUGUUUUGGUUUGAUCAUCGUGGGAGUAGUCCUGUUGCUAGGAUACAGGAGGCUGAACAAGCUGCUGAAUUCAAAAAGCGAUGGACUCAGUUUGUAAAUGUUACCUUUCCAAUGAAAAACACGCUUACAAGGAUUGUUUACCUUUUCUAUGGGCCGUAUGUCAAUGUUUCUAACUGUAGACUCAUGGAUAAUGCAAAAUCUGGAUUUCAGAUUUCUCUCAGUGUCAACAACACUGAAAAUACCAUCUCCGUUGUGACUGAGUAUCAGAAUUUAAAAGCAAGGUUUGAUUACUUGGGAUUUGGUGGUUUUGCUAAAGUAGUUCAUGAAAAUAAAGUGACCAAGUUUGGCCUCGGUACUGAAUCUGUGAAAAAAGAUAUGAAAAAUAAUAGGGUAGUUUUCCCAUUUGGAUUCAAAGUGAACAUAAUUGCAGGGCUAAUUUUGGGUGUCAGUUUGGUCAUACUGGCUUUUCAGUGGCGGUUUUACAUAUCCUUCGGUAAAAUGUUGCGUUGGAUCCUGAUACUGGUUGUCACACUGUGGUUAAUUGAAUUGGUGGAUGUGUGGAGCAUGUGUACUCAACCCAUCUGUGCAAAGUGGAGCAGUGACAUGACAAGGCCAGAACGUGAUAAAGGCAAUAAAGCCAAACAAUUAGAAGAAAACCCCGUUGUUUUCCCAGAUGUUAUCAUUACUUCGCUUCCCGCUUCUGGUGCAGAAAUUUUAAAACAGCUGUUUUACAAUACCAGUGACUUUUUAUACAUCAGGAUACCUACACCCUAUCUUGAAAUUCCUGAGACUGAAUUUGAAAUUGACUCCUUUGUAGAUCCAUGCGAAUGGAAGGUUUCUGAUGUCCAGAAUGGUAAUUUUCGUCUUAUGCAAGGGUGGCUCCAAUCUCUAGUUCGAGACACGAAGUUGCAUUUACAAAACAUUGAUUUAUAUGAAGCUAGCAGAAAUAAAAUUGCUCAGCAUGCUGCACUAAGCAAAGAAAAAAAGAAAAGGUCCAAAAAGAGAGAAUCCCUGUCAGAACAAAAAAGUAGGGCAAGAGGGAGUCAAGAAAAAGAUGCUGAAUAUAUUAGGGAACUGAGAAGACAUCUCAUCUAUUAUCCUAAUGCACGACCUGUGCUUAGUUUAAGCAGUGGGAGCUGGACAUUAAAGCUUCCCUUCUUUCAGGAAAUCUUAGGACCAUCUAUGAGAGCAUUAUAUGUAGUGAGGGACCCACGGGCAUGGGUCUAUUCAAUGUUGUACAAAAAUAAGCCAAGCCUUUACUCUUUGAAAAAUAUUCCACAACGCUUGGCUGCAAUGUUUAAAGGGGAGAAUGGUAAAGAAAAAUGUCGUUUAAAUGAAGGCUAUGCCUUUGAGUUUGAAUCACUAAGGAAAGAAAUUUCAAAUUCUAAUUCAAAUGCUAUUUCUGUGUUGUCUUAUUUAUGGCUAGCAAACACAGCAGCAGCAAUGAGAAUAAACAGGGACUUGCUGCCAACAAAUUACCAGCUGGUCAAGUUUGAAGAUAUUGUGAGCUUUCCUCAGAAGACGGCUGAAACAAUUUUUGCCUUUCUUGGUAUGCCUCUUCCUCCUGCUAGCUUAAACCAAAUAUUAUUUGCCACCUCCACCAGUCUUUUCUAUCUUCCUUAUGAAGGGGAAAUUUCACCAAGUAGCAUUCAUGCCUGGAAACAAAACAUGCCCCAUGAAGAGAUUAGACAAAUUGAAGAUAUCUGUUGUUCACUGAUGGACCACUUAGGAUACCCAAAGUUUGUAAAAUAAAUGCUGCUGGUCAGCAGAAAUUUGCACUAAUGGUCUCUGACUCCCAAUUUGUGGAUAAAUAUUAGAUAAGUUUGUUUAUUAUUGUAAAAUGUGUACAGUCUGCUACUUUAAGAGAGAUUAUUUUAAGAAAAAUGUAACUGUUCUUGAAACUGUGGAAGGGUUUGUUUUGUUUGUUUUGAUUUGUUUGCUUUAAAAAGGUAUUGUAACUACUUUUGCGGCCUUUCAAGAAAAGCUGUGUGAACCUUUGCAGAAGCACCAGCUGGGGCCUCUACAGCUCAGGGGAUUAGUAAUAGAACAGAGAGCUUUUCACCUCCAGCUCACCAGUUUGACUCCAGCCCAAAUGGUUAAUUCCAGAAAGUUCCAUUUGAGGAUUGUAUGAUGGUUUAUAUAAAAUUGUACUAGUCAAACUGGUCCUGUUCCCAAUGGUGAUUAUUGGCCCCCUUGGACAGGUUUACUGAUGCAUUCUGUUAUUGUAUCACUGGUCACUAUAGUGGUACAAAAGAAAUAUAAGCUGAGGUUUAGGACGGUUCAGCAUUCACUUAGUGGGAGGAAAUCUAGUUUCUUAUUGACAAUUUGAGCAGACAGGUCCAGGACUGGAAUGGACUCGGGUGUUAAAUCUCAUGCUAGAAUAAGAUUCCUGCAUGCCAGAAAUGUGGUACUCAAAUUGGGGUUUGAUGUUUGACAAAAAAGGAGUCCUUAUACUCCAUCCCUGACAAUGUGGUACCUUUUGUGAGCCUGAAGUAAAUUACCUGGAGAAAAAGAAAUGGGAUGGAAUCUAAGAAAUUUGGAAAUGAGCAGUUAAAUUUGUGUAGCUUUGACCUGUCUUAACAUAACCUAAUUUUGAAGGUUGUUAACAUAAUGACUUCUUGAACUGUUUUAUUCUAUACCUCUUGUCCUAGAGGUUGUGCAAGGAUUUUUCUCUUUUUGAGUGAGACUCUUUCAUCUUCUUUGUUGUUACUCAUUUCUCUGAUGAUUUUUGUGCAUAAUUUCCUUGGACCAGUGCAGCUAUGUGAUGCCAUUGGCAAUGACUUACUGGUGAUGUCUGCAUAAAAUGCAAUCUGAGAUUUAGAACACCCCAAAUAAAUCUCUCUGUUGCUGUGGGAUGUUUUGCUUGUCUGUAUAAUGAAUUUCUGAAGGACAGCCACUGCUAACCUCAGGUCUUUUGUCAGAGAGGGGAGAGAUCUGAAAAUCACCUGAUCCUCAGCCACCUCACAUUUGAGUGAUGCUUCUCUGCAGCAAACAAUUUCUAAAGUUGUCUGAUUUUUAUCGUAAUUGGUGUUUCUUUAACAUGAUGCUGUAAUACGAUUUUUGUUUGAAAACAGAUAGGCCUGUUAGGAUAGUUGCAUCUUUAUCACAGCUUAUUUUCUUCUCGAGUCACACUCUUUGUCUGCGCAUGCCCAUUAAGAAAAAAAAAAUGCCCAUUUCCCAAUUUAACUUGCUCAGCAUUCUCUGGAAAUGCAUGCAUACUGUAAAUGUCUGCAGAUGUGUAUAUCAGAUCACAAAGAGACUUCUAUUUCCUUUACCAUCUCUUUUUUAUUACAAGUGGAAUUGUGUUGAAAUAUGCUUCAAUUGGUUUGUGGGACCUGGAAUCAGAGCUUAUUAUAUUGAAAUAUGUGUGUAAUUGUUAUUUAUUUGGGUGGUAAGUGUUGGGCAAUGUCAAAAGUGCAGUGAGUUUCUUCAUAGAGAUUACAGAUACUCUUGCUGAAUUUUAAUAUAAAGGAGUUGUUCUUUUUUCUUCCAAUCUUACCAUUAUUUCCUGUCUUACCCAGCUGUUUUGUCCCUCCCAUAUGUACAUUUCAUAUCCUUGAGAUAUCUCAUUACAACCUAGAUAAAAGUACCUCUUUCUCAGACAGUCAUUAGUAUGGCA